GGUGGAGGGAUGGGUGACAAGAAGUGCCUCGCGGGGUUUUUACAUAUAAUACGCACUUCAUGAUCUGAAUGAUGCAAAGCGUAAAUAUACUUUCAUAGAAGUCCCUCACAGUUUGAGGAAAGUGAAAAUUUUCAGUCCACCGCCACGCACGCAAGUACUGCUGCGUAAUCGAAAGGAAAAUCGGUACAUAGUGAAAUUAACUUCCAGUAUAGUUUGCAUGAUGUAGAACAAUGCAUGAUUUGGUGUUCUCAGAAAUCAGGAAGACGCAGCCUCUCUGUUCGGUGAUAGCCGCUUAAAGUCUUGGUCAGUGUGUGCGGUACUCGGGUGCUGAGGAGGUUCCUCACACUAUGCUUGGCACUAAACCACUAUGAACGCAAAGGCAGCCAGCAGCCGUAGUGGCGGUGGUGACGGCGGCAGAAGCAGCAGCACCAUCAGCACUAGCAGCAACAGCAGCCAACAGAGCGUUAGUGAGGUCAAGUUUCGCUGCUGGAACAAAACACACGUCCCUCCUACCCACGACCCCCAAGGCCUCAGCUGGCCCGCGCCGUGAUCUGUGUGGCUGUGAUGGGCGUGGAAGUCGUCCUGUAGCUGUCUAUCGUCAUGAGUGCCAAGAGGAAACCUCGCACGCCCACGCCUCCGCCUGGCAUGAAGGAGGAGGCGGACGAGGAGAGUGAGGAUCUCUAUGCCGGAAGACGUGUCUCCGUGUCAGAGUUUGACGGCCAAGACUUUGGAUACGAAAGCGUCAGUUCUCCCGGAGCGUCCAGCACAUCCUCCGAGCCAGCUUACAUCAGAAAGCCUGGGUUUGAGCACCACGCUCAUGAGUUCCGGACAACACCUCCCAAGACAAAUGCAUUUUCGCCCACGGGUGUGAGCGCUGCUGUAGGAGGGAAUCUAGUGUGCAGCCAUCCGAUCAGAACAUCCCUUCAAAAGCCAACAGGCCUGCAGUCACCCACAGGAUCUUUGGGCUCCAAGGGAAGCAAGAAGAAAAAGAGCAGCACCCCGGAGGCACGGGCCGAGGGGUCCCGAGAGGGCACUGGGUCAACGUCCACUGGCCAUAUCAGGCCUAAACUCAAGAAAGAUCCGCUGCCGAUGAAGAUGCGUGCCUUCCCCCAAAGCUUCUGGCUCCAGCCCAACAAGAACAGUCUGCCUCCCUCCUGUUCCACGUUGCCGCCGCUUAUCCUCGGCAAGGACUGCAGCGACGUGCUCGAGAUUCGACCGGUGACGCCGCCCGAGGAGGAGCGAGUAGGGAAUACGGAGCACGUCAAAAGCGAACCUGUGAACGGGGAGGAGGCGGAGCUGAGGACCAUCAAGGUGGGCAACCCUGACCUGCUCUCGAGACUCUUCGACUCUGUGGAGCAGGGAGACAGGAAGAGGGUGGCGGUGGUGAGGAGGGGAAGGCCACGGAAACCUCCAUCAACAGUGCUGCCAAGAGUGCUGCGGGAUGAAGACCCAUGUCUUGUGAGCACUGUCACUGAAUCCAUCCUGCCACUACUUCCUGAUAAAACACCAGUAUCUUCAGGCUCAUCCACUCCUUUAGGUAUACGACAAGCUCCCCAAUCUUGCUUUCAGGUUCUGGAGAUGGUGAACCUGCGCGAUGGUGACAGAACUAUCUCCCUACCAUCCCUUAAUGUGGAACACAAUUAUAACCAAAUACUAUCAGAAUUAGUACUUAAGCUGUAGCAAAAGUUAUUGGUCCAAGUUGUUCUUCACCUCUUAUUAAAUUUAUAAAAAAAAUGUUUCAACUUUUAGAAUGUAAGAAAAUUUGCAUUUGGAAAGUAGUGUAAAGUUAUAUUUGAUUACAACAGAGACAUAAAGAUUGUUAUGUAGGGACAGCCUACAUAAGAAAUAUGUGAAAACAUUUAUCAAAGAGGGACUGAUUGAAGUACCCUUGACAGCUCAGAGAUGAUCUACAUUUCUGAUUGUCAAAGUUUUCAGCUUUCCAACCAAUUUUCUAUGGCUCCUCAUCCAGUGUGUCACAUAGAGCCAUUGCUCAACUCUCAGGUAAAGAUUUAAUGGUUAGAAAACUUCCCACUCAGGAAGGUUUUUGUUUUUAUGAAAGAUUAUUAGAUUAGAAAAUGCUAAUGUCUAGCAAGUAUGGGGGUCAUGAGUUGCCCCUGGCAAAAAUGAUCACAGUUUUACUUAAGGUCCCACAGUCUCUUGCAUGAAGAAAUAAAUGAGUGCCAUAUUUUUGUAUAAAAAAUAUAUCAUAAUUAUUGGUGUAUAAGAUGCACUUUUGACUUGAUUUUUUUUUCAAUAACACUAUGUUCUUAACACUGACACCCACAUAACCCAAGAAAUUUAUCUGUAUCUUAUACAAAGGUGCAUCUGAUACACUGAAAAUACAGUACAUGCAUAAUUUUUAUAUAAUAUCAAAAAGUUUAUUUGAAUGUUUAAGAUUUGAUAUUUUGAGUCUAUUCAUUCCUUAAGUUGAAUAAACUGAGAAUUGAAGAACUAGG